AGAAGGAGCGAAGCUCUGGCCCGGCGCAAAGAGGGCGAUUACGGGGACGCUGGGCCGGGGCACUGGGCUGUGUGAAGUGAGCGCGCUCGCCUGACCCCAGUCCCCGCCAUCCCGAGCCAGAAGCAGCAAGCUCCCGAGGCCUCAGUCCUCCGCCCGGCGGUGGCCACGUCUUGCACUUGGCCAGCUUGGCGCUCCGACCCUCCCGUGUCCCCGCCCUGCCGCCUUUUCCCCAGCCCAGCCGCGGGCUGUUGGUGGAAGCAGCCCCGAAGCAGCCCGAACAAGAUCACUCAAGGUGAAGGAUAAAUCUACCAAUACCAGCACUUUGAAUGAAAAUUUGUUUCCCUGCCACAAACUGAACGCUUUUUUUUUUUUUUUUGGUGGGAGCAUUGAAACAAACCUAACUUUGUGGCAUAGCAGCUAUGCAGCUUGAAAUCCAAGUAGCACUAAAUUUUAUCAUUUCAUAUUUAUACAAUAAGCUUCCCAGGAGACGUGUCAACAUUUUUGGUGAAGAGCUUGAAAGACUUCUUAAGAAGAAAUAUGAAGGGCACUGGUAUCCUGAAAAGCCAUACAAAGGAUCAGGGUUUAGAUGUAUCCAUGUAGGGGAGAAAGUGGACCCAGUGAUUGAACAAGCAUCCAAAGAGAGUGGUUUGGACAUUGAUGAUGUUCGUGGCAAUCUGCCACAGGAUCUUAGUGUUUGGAUCGACCCAUUUGAGGUUUCCUACCAAAUUGGUGAAAAGGGACCAGUGAAGGUGCUUUAUGUGGAUGAUAAUAAUGAAAAUGGAUGUGAGUUGGAUAAGGAGAUCAAAAACAGCUUUAACCCAGAGGCCCAGGUUUUUAUGCCCAUAAGUGACCCAGCCUCUUCAGUGUCCAGCUCUCCAUCGCCUCCCUUUGGUCACUCUGCUGCUGUAAGCCCUACCUUCAUGCCCCGGUCCACUCAGCCUUUAACCUUUACCACUGCCACUUUUGCUGCCACCAAGUUUGGCUCUACCAAAAUGAAGAAUAGUGGCCGUAGCAACAAGGUUGCACGUACUUCUCCUAUCAACCUCGGCUUGAAUGUGAAUGACCUCUUGAAGCAGAAAGCCAUCUCAUCCUCAAUGCACUCUCUGUAUGGGCUUGGCCUGGGUAGCCAGCAGCAGCCACAGCAGCAGCCGUCCCAGCCGCCGCCACCACCACAGCAGCAGCAGCAACAACAACAGCAGCAGCCGCAGAAAACCUCUGCUCUAUCUCCUAAUGCCAAGGAAUUUAUUUUUCCUAAUAUGCAGGGUCAAGGUAGUAGUACCAAUGGAGUGUUCCCAGGUGACAACCCCCUUAACCUCAGUCCUCUCCAGUACAGUAAUGCCUUUGAUGUGUUUGCAGCCUAUGGAGGCCUCAAUGAGAAGUCUUUUGUAGAUGGCUUGAAUUUUAGCUUAAAUAACAUGCAGUAUUCUAACCAGCAAUUCCAGCCUGUUAUGGCUAACUAAAAAAAAAAAGAAGAAGAAAAUGUACAAGUUAAAAUGAAUGGGCCCAAGGGGGAUCUUUUGUUUUUUUUUCUUUUUUCUUUCCCCUUUUACCUCCUUGAGAUUUUUUUUUUAAGCUUAUAGUAAGAAUACAUUCAAGCUUGGUUACAAAAAUAAAACAUGCAUCAUUUUUCAUUUGCCAACCAAGCACAAAGUUAUUUUAUACUGACUGUAUAUUUUAAAGUAUACUCUCAGAUAUGGCCUCUUACAGUAUUUAAGAUAUAGCAAGGACAUGGCUGAUUUUUUUUUUUUAUAAAAAAUUGGCACUAAUAAGUGGGUUUAUUGGUCUUUUCUAAUUGUAUAAUUUAAUUUAGUACAAAGUUUGUAAAAUAUCAGAGGAUAUAUAUAUUGUUUCUACGACAUGGUAUUGCAUUUAUAUCUUUUUACUACAGUGAUCUGUGACAGCAGCAGCUUCAUGUUGUAUUUUUUUUACUGAAAUUGUAAAAUAUCCAUCUUAAAGACAUCAACUAUUCUAAAAAUUGUGUACAGGAUAUUCCUUUAGUGGUGGAAUUAAAAUGUACGAAUAUUUGCUUUUUAAAAAAAUGUAUUUUCUGUUAAAGGUUUAAAGAUUUUUGCUAUAUAUUAUGGAAGAAAAUGUAAUCGUAAAUAUUAAUUUUGUACCUAUAUUGUGCAAUACUUGAAAAAAAACGGUAUAAAAGUAUUUUGAGUCAGUGUCUUACAUGUUAAGAGGGACUGAAAUAGUUUAUAUUAAGUUUGUAUUAAAAUUCUUUAAAAUUAAAA